GGAGAAUCAGUGCGUCCAGUUCGCAGCGGCGGAGCGACAGGAGCAGGAGGAGGUGUUCGGGUCAGAGAGGCUGCACGGCGGUUUGUUUCACCCGCCGAGAUGUCGGUGUCGUCCACGCAGAGUCCGGACACGACCAGCCGGAGGAGGAGGCCGGCCGAGCACAGGCAGGAUUCUUUGUGUGAGAACGAUCCUCAGGCUGCAGGUUACAACCAUGAACAGCUCCAUGAUCAACUGUGUGGUGUUCAACAACUAAAUGCGACACGCUCCUGCUCUCCUCCUUCACAUCACUCCUUAUGUCCGGCAGUUAAAUGCCUGCCUGCACACGCAUGUGCGAGUCAUCACGCCUGUGAAGAAAGCUGGGAGGAGAUCCAGAGCAAGAAAACCAUCAGAGCAGAGAAUGAAGUGGAAGCCAACAAACUGGUCAACAACUACCGGUUUGGUUUUAGAAAAUGGAAAAGUCACGUGACGGAGCGGCCGUUCGCAGACCGAUCAGAGGUUGUGAAGGAGCUCUACUCUGAACUGAACGUCAUUAAACCACACGCAGGUCCAGGUCAACUCAUCACAUGUGGAAACGUCUUUUACAUCUUCCUUUUCGGUUGGUGGGUUUCUCUGGCGUAUUUCUUGGUCGGCACUCUGAUGUUCAUCACGAUCAUCGGUGUCCCGUAUGGUAAACUUUGCUGGAAGUUGGGCUGCUACUUCCUGUGGCCGUUUGGCAACUCCAUCCACAAGAUAGGAAAUACGUUGAGGAGAUGUUGUGAGCAGGCGCCAGACUGUGAGUGCAGCGUAGAGGCCAUGGAGGAUCAUUCCCCAGUUCUGCUGCCUUCACCCACCGAGAUGCCAGUUUCAGAGGUGCCUGGGCGACCUCGGCAUACUCCCUACUGGCGUCGUUUCUCCACCUACGUGUGGCUGCUGCUGGGAUAUCCUCUCCUGGUGGUCGUUCACUCUCUGGCCUGCUUCAUCUCCUGGAUCCUGGUCUUCACCAUCCCCGUUUCCAAGAUGAACGCUCAGACUCUGAGCGUCAUCCUCCUCCAGGCUCCCGAGGACGUCUGCAUCUCCAGCAGCUCACAGAGAAAGCAUCAAGGCUACGAGACCCGAGCGCUGCUGUGCUGCUACCACGCUGCCAACUGGUACUACUACAAGUACACUGUGGACGGCAUCAACGUGUUUGCUGUCAACCUCCUUCCUCUAGUGAUAGUUGCUUUGGUGAUCGGGUAUAUUGACAGAGAAAACCAGUACGCCAGCUCUGAUGUGAAGUUUGCCAUAGCGAUUGGCUCCAUCAUACCUCUGUCCUAUUAUAUCGGUAUGGGCAUCGCCAGCAUCUCAGCCCAGAGUAACUUUGCUGUCGGCGCCGUGGUCAACGCCACCUUUGGCUCCAUCACAGAGUUGACGUUUUACAUCACAGCGCUGCUCAAAGGUCACCGGGAAGCAAACCCGUGUCUGCAGGAGGUGGUUAAGGCGGCGCUGACUGGCACGCUGCUGGGAUGCAUCCUCUUCAUCCCUGGCAUCUGCAUGAUAAUCGGAGGACUGAGACACAGCGAGCAAAGAUUCAACAGUCGUUGUACAGGAGUGAGCUCCGCGUUGCUUUUCAUCUCAGUAGGAGGUGUGUUUGCUCCAACGCUGUUCUCCAAAGCUUACGGGAACCUGGUGUGCGACGCCUGCACCAACUCCACUGCAGGAAACGGCACGAGCAACAGCAGCGGACCGUUCGUCUGCCACAACUGCCACUACGAUCUGAACAAUGGCACGCUGUUCCGCAACCACGUUCAGCCGCUGGUGUACACAGUUUCUGCCCUCUUGCCGGUUGCCUACAUCAUCGGUCUAAUAUUUACUCUGAAGACACACUCCCACAUUUAUGACAUCCACGUUGGAGAAGGACAAGUGACUGGCCACCAUGGGACGGUGGUCCACUGGUCACGGUGGAGGUCUCUGGUCAUCCUCAUCAUGGCCACCGUGCUCACGUCUGCUUGUGCCGACCUCGCCACCGAACACAUCCAGCCGAUCCUGAACCAGCCCAACAUCUCUCAGUAUUUCAUAGGGGUGACGGUUCUCGCUAUGGUUCCUGAGAUCCCGGAGAUUGUAAAUGGGAUCCAGUUUGCACUCCAGAACAACAUCAGCCUCAGCUUGGAGGUGGGCGGCUGUAUUGCUGUGCAGGUCUGCAUGCUACAGAUUCCAAUACUGGUCUUUUUCAAUGCCUUCUGGGAUGUGGGAUUUGUGCUGUUGUUCAGCGACCAACACCUGUGGGCCAGCAUCUUCAGCGUCAUUCUGGUCAACUACAUCUUCAUGGAUGGCAAGUCCGACUAUUUCCAGGGCACAGCUCUGGUGGUCGUCUACCUUAUCCUGCUCGCUCUGUAUUACUUUGCUCCAUCUCCAUCCUGCUGUUGAGCGUGAGACUGUGACAUUCAGGUAAAAGUUACACUUUUCAGAAGCAGGAGGACUCCAAAUGUUCACAUUCAGCUCCUCUCAAUGUUGGUCCUUUCUUGUUUGAACAGAGAUAAUAAUAACCUGAUGAUGUGGGUAUUUUCUUCUGUUGUUUUCUUAACGAUGCAAAGAAAAAAAAUGGACUCUUUGAUCUCAGGUGGAUAGUGUUUUUGACCGCAUACACUCCUACUGUUAUAAGAUGCACUAUUUCUAACAUAUUUCAUGUUUUUAGACUCGUAACUUAUCUUCUUUGUAAACUGUGAAGGAAAGAAAAGCAGUAUUUUUACAAAACAAAUGGAUAUUAUAGUCCAAAGUGUCUGCACUAAUGGUAUUUUAAUAUGCUGUCCUAAUAAAGUUUGUAUUGUCAAACUGAA